AUGAAACUUCUUCGAACUGCUCUCGAUCAUUUUGUUCCUCAGGUUUUCGCUGAUGACACCAAGAAGGAGAAAAUAGAAAAAUUCAAGAAAGCUCACGAUGAAUGUCAAGCCGACUCAGCAACCAAGGCCGAGGAAGACGUAAUGGAAAAAAACUUCAAAAAUGAACCCAUCGACGAAUCCAAGUUUGGAAAGCACGCCCUGUGUAUGAACGUGAAAUCAGGAAUCCAGAAAGAAAAUGGCGACAUCGACAAGGACGGUAUCAAGGAAUUAUUUAGCGACAACGAUAAAGUGGAUAAGAUUGUUGAAGAAUGUGGUGAGAAGAAAGGUGCCACUGCUAGUGAAGUUGCCAUCGCUCUGAUGAAAUGUAUUGGGAAAUUCACAUCAGGUCACGAACAUCAUCACGAACAUCAUCAUGAACAUCAUCAUGAUUGA